UGUGGAUCUCCAUGGUUACGGUGUUGGUGUGGAUGGUGAUGGUUUUGAUUUCUAUGGUGACGGUUUGGAUGGUUAUGGUGUGGAUCUCCAUGGCGACGCCUUUUCCCGCCGCUCUCUGGCGCCCCCUGCCGCUCGGACCCGAGCUCCACACGCCCGUGACGUGACGUCAGAGUCGUCAUGGCGUCUGCGGGACUGAAGCUAGAGCUGCAAUUGAGCUAAAAAAAAAAUCUGUCGACAGUUUGUGGAAAACGAAAUGGAGAAAAAUGCAAACGUGCAUGAAGCCAGAGACACGACCUCCCCGUCUCCCAGGACGGCGGGGGACGUGAAGGAUGCUGCCGCGGGUUCUGGGCUGAAGGGAACCAGCGACCAAUGCACGAAGAGUGAACCUCCGCUCAGUAGUAGUUUGGUUCUCGGUAGUUGCAGUGAUGGCUCCAGCCCCGCCGUCCAUGGGAUCCCGGCGGUUGCGAACCCACAACCCACAAACACCACUCAAAGCCUACCAUUGCAUGGAGACGACGUGGUAGGGAACGGGCCAUGGACGGACCCGGACCCCGACCCGGGGCCGAGGGAUGCGACCAGUAACGGGAUGGGGAAGAACUCGGUGGUGGCUUCAGGAAAUAGCGAGGGUGGCACCUCAAAGUUGGUGGAUAGCAGAAAGGGGGAUCUACUCUCGACUCCUACUGAUGUGAGCAGCACGGGUCUGGUGCAGGAGGACACUUUAGGCGGUGAUGGAGUCGAGCAAAGGAAGCCUGUCAGACCCAAACAUCUAUGUCCGGACACUACCAUAUCGUCGACCAGCGUCAGGUCCGAGAACCCCGCUGACCAGACCACAUCCGACGGAUUGCCAAGUACGAGUGACCCCGAUCCGAGCUUUGUGGGAGAAUCUCGUAGUAUAGAUUCACUCGAGUCCUUCUCCAACCUGAAUUCCUGCCCCAGCUCUGAACUCAACAGCGAGUGCCUGGAGGAACGGGGUCUGGCCUUGUCUCUGCAGAGCGAGGAUGGUGCUGAUGAGACUAAGGUUUCCUGCGCCAAGGACCGAGGCGCCGCCGGCCAGUCCAUCUACCACAUCAAGUGGAUCAAAUGGAAAGAGGAAAACACCCCCAUCAUCACCCAGAACGAGAACGGGCCGUGUCCACUGCUGGCCAUCAUGAACGUCCUUUUGCUGGCUUGGAAGGUCAAGAUGCCCCCUAUGAUGGAGAUCAUCACUGCUGAACAACUCAUGGAGUAUCUUGGAGAUUACAUCCUCGACUCCAAGCCUAAAGAGAUCUCUGAGGCCCAGCGGCUAAACUAUGAGCAGAACAUGAGUGACGCGAUGGCCGUCCUCCACAAGCUCCAAACCGGGCUGGACGUCAACGUGAGGUUCACCGGCGUGCGAGUCUUCGAAUAUACCCCAGAGUGCAUCGUGUUCGACCUCCUGGACAUCCCUCUGUACCACGGGUGGCUGGUCGACCCCCAGAUGCAGGACAUGGUGAAGGCGGUGGGGGCCUGCAGCUACAACCAGCUGGUGGAGAAGAUCAUCUCCUGCAAGCAGUCGGAGAACAGCGAGCUGGCCGGGGAAGGCAUGGUGGCGGAGCAGUUCCUGAGCAGCACGGCGACCCAGCUCACGUACCACGGGCUGUGUGAGCUGACGGCGGCCGUGCAGGAGUGGGAGCUGUGCGUGUUCUUCAGGAACAACCACUUCAGCACCAUGAUCAAACACAAGGGCCAGCUGUACCACCUGGUGACGGACCAGGGCUUCCUGACGGAGGAGAAGGUGGUGUGGGAGAGCCUCCACAACGUGGACGGCGACGGCAACUUCUGCGACUCAGAGUUCCGGUUGCGCCCGCCGUCGGAUCCGGAGACUGUGUACCGCGGGCAGCAGGACCAGAUCGAUCAGGACUACCUGAUGGCCCUGUCGCUGCAGCAGCAGAGUGCGGAGGUGGAGUGGGCGGAGCUCCCCGAGGGCGUCAGCGACCUGGAGCUCGCCAAGAAGCUCCAGGAGGAGGAGGACCGCCGCGCCUCCCAGUACUACCAGGAGCAGGAGCAGCAGGGCCAGGAGGAGCCGGCGGGGGCGGAGCCAGGCCACGGGGAGAGCGGGGCUGCGGCCGCCGACCCCGCCCCCAGGACGGGGCCCGGGGGCGGGGUCGAGGCCGCCGUGGGGCCCCCCUCCAGCCCCGGGAAGCAGCCCGCCGCCGGGGAGCGCAAACCCAAGAAGGAGUCCAAGGAUAAAGACAAAUGUGUUCUUUUGUAAUAUAGUGUGUGUGUGUGUGUGUGUGUGUGUGCGCGCGUGAGUGAGUGUGUGCUUGCGUGCACAUGCCCAGCUGUGCAUGUGUAAAUCUGAGAAAAGGGGACAGCGUUUGAACAACACUACACACAGCUCCCCUCGCCCCGAGAGAGAGAGAGAGGGAGAGAGGGAGACAGAGAGAGAGAGAGAGAGAGAGAGAGAGAGAGAGAGAGAGAGAGAGAGAGAGAGAGAGAGAGAGAGAGAGAGAGAGAGAGAGAGAGAGAGAGAGAGAGAGAGAGAGAGAGAGAGAGAGAGAGAGAGAGAGAGAGAGAGAGAGAGAGAGAGAGCCAGCUGGGAGGGAGAGCGAGACUCAGAGGACUUGUUGUCCCACCACUGGUGCCUGCUGCCCUCCCCUUCCCCGGCCUGGAGGUCAGCGGAGGGGAUACCUCGACGUCUACCGUACCCCCCUCCCCUCACACACGGCGGCUCUCGGACGGCGUCACAAGUCGCACAACGCACUCUAUUUGUGACGGGGGCUCGAGCUCGGGGCGGUGGCUUCUGUUUCAUAGCAGCACCCCCCCCGCCCCAUGUGUCCGAGAGGAGGAUCACUUCUCGCUCUCCUUAUGGAGGCUUUGUGGGGUUUCCCAAUCUCCUCUUGCGUCCUUCCCUCACUCGUAUAACGGAGAACACUAUUAGGCUGCUAAGGCCAUUUGUCGGAUUGCUUUGUACACCCCAUAACGUUGUCUUGUGCUGAUUUGCCUUACCACUGUUUGAAUGUCUAGUUUUUAACCGUACAUUUUAUUUUUGUGAUGAUCUUCAUAUUUUAUUUGCUCAGCAUGACUGAUGUAACGUUACAAAAGGCGAAUACUUUUGAAAGCUAUAUACAUUUUAGUAUUUAUUUUCUCUAUCAUUAUGCCCUUUAUGUUAUCGACCUGCCCAUCUCACCACGGACAAUCACACCCAGCACCCUGGGAUGGGGGGCUGAGAUCUAGACGGUUCUAGAUCAGCUAAAUGAGAGCGCCGCCAAACAGAAAAAAAGAAAUUCUUUAAUCAUUGGAAAAUAAUUUGCACAUCGCUUGAAAGGCCAAACACCUCUUCCACGUCCAACUUUUCUCCCUUUCAUCUAAUCAGGCCACGGUUCUCAUAGUCUGGAACCCAUUUAGAUUCCCUCUGAGCGUCUGUAAAGAAGAUCAAUGGAUUUCAGGCGACACGCUCCACAGACUGACACUAUGUUGACUGAUGAUUAGACUGAAUAGUCCUUACUUUCAUCAGACAUAACCCUAAUUAAGCAAUUUAAACAUAUAUGCUGGUCUAAAUAUCCAGAGAUUUCAACCUUAACACCUAAUGAACACGUUCUUGAAAGAGAACCUUUAGUUUGCAGACAUUGUGUACAUAACUAAUCUGCACUUGUUGUUAUAUAGACGUGUGUAGGCAGCCACGAGCCUACUGCCUCCGGGGAACCUUUUCUAUACAUUCCAGUGGGAUGCCUUGACUUAAGCCUUUAUUUGUCAUAUCAAACAACGGUUCUAAGGGUUCUACUUGUCUCUGGGUCGGUCCAUCGGGAGUACUUCUGUGGUUGUGUGGAUCUCAAUAACAGGUGGAGUCCAAGGACCGCUGGGUCCUUCAGAGACACCAGAGAGUUGCAGCAGCAACUCCUUAUAGGAUGGUUUAAAGGCGUACCAAGGCUACACUUUGUACAUAAACAGCCUUACAGCACCAUGUUAUAGGACACAAGCAUACAACCUAAAGAGACAAUCCAUACAUACACAACAGAAUUACUCUCAGGCCUUCUCUGAAGGGACAUUUAAUUUAGUGUAUUUUACAAAUCUCAUACUUUAGCCAGUAUGCUGGCCUGUUUCAGCUUUAUUACAGACACUGAUGUGUGUAUAUACAUAUAGAGUAUGUUAAAGGACAGCUUCAUAGUUCUGUGCAUAGGUAUGUCAACCGACACUUUCACAUGAAUAUAUCCUUAUUGUAGAAUUUUACAACUUUUACAUUGGUUAACGCUGCUGUGCUCUUGUUCACUUAAACCAACGGAAUAUUUAACUUAAUGUGGUUAAGGAACACAAUGUUAUUCACGACGAUGUGGCGGGCUUUCUCCAGUACUUGAGUCUCGACUACCACAGUAGAUGUGUGAAGGGAAUAGUUCAAUGUGUGUAAUGCAAGAUACCAGAUUUCUACCUUUUCAGGAAAAUUAUUUGGGGCGAAAGACGAGAUGAGACGAGAGGUCUAUUAAUCCUUUCUCAGUUUUGGGGAUCAAACACCUUUGAGCAAAAUGUGAUGACGCUACUCUUAUUCAACUCUGAAAAUAAUUGGACACAGCUUUUAUUUAAUUACCUGCCACAUUUCUUAGCCCGUUUGGUCUAUUGACGAGACAUUGAGAUUGAUUGGUUUGGAGAUGGAGCAUUCAUUAAAACGUUUCUAUAAUGUGAAAGAGUGUGUGUUGGUUAGUGCUUUGAUUCGUGGGGAUUGUGUUUCCGUUUAUUUUAAACCACACAUCAUUUUUGCUGUAAUAAGUUUUGAGUUUUGCCCAUGUUUCCAAGAUGAACUGAUCAAAAAUGUAUUGUGUGUAUUCAAUGUCUCCAGUGAGUAUAUGCCUUGUACAAAUUAUGAUAGGGUAAAUGCUGUAACAUACUAGUCUUUUGACAUGGUGGUCUUUAAACAUGUCCUUGUAAUUGGUUUUGCACUGUUACAUUGAUAUGCACUGCUAAACAAAGUGGAACAGAAACAUACCUCAUUUUAUAUAGAUCAGAAAUGGAGCAAGUGGGUAUGUUGCAAUGAUAAGUAAAUGACAUGGGGACUUGCUUCAUAAUGUAGAUGAAUAAAGCUGCAAAGUAUCAUCGGCU